GAAUGUUUUCAAAGAGACCGGGCCUUAUGUUUUAAUGGCAAGUGCAUCUCCACUAGUGGGUUGUGUGACGGAGCUAGGAACUGUGUACAUGUUGAAGAUGAGUUCGAUAGGACCUGCAAUCUCAAAAACCAAUGUGAAUCGAAUCGUUCUAUAUUACACGGCUGCAUGGGUCAAUGUAAACCUGGUUAUUUUGGCGAUUUUUGCGAGAAAAAAUGUUCAGAAAAGUGUUUGAAUGUAAUAUGUGAUAAAUCAAGUGGAAUUUGUUACGAGUGUGCAUCUGGUUAUACUGGCGAGUAUUGCAAUAAAACAUGUUCAAAAGAAUGUUUGAAUGGAAGAUGUAAUCAAUCAAGCGGACUUUGCAAUGACUGUACACGAACGUAUUUAGAAAGUUGUUCUCAAGAAUGUGGCGAGGGAUGUCGAGAAAUAAACGGUUUCCCACAAUGUGACAGGCAAAGUGGCAAAUGCUUGAAUGGCUGUAAGUUUUAUCACUACGGAUUCUACUGCAACAAUACGUGUAAAAACUGCAAACGAAAUUCCUCAAAUAGUCCAUGUGAUAUCAACGGUGUAUGUCAGUUUGGAUGUGAGAACGAUUAUUGGGACAAGAAGUGCAACUCUAAAUGCAGUGUCAACUGUCAAGGUGAUGAACAUGGAAAAAGGUGCAAUUCAUCCACAGGGGAGUGUAUAAACGGCUGUACUCGUGGAUGGAGUGGUAAAUUCUGUCGGGAUCUCAAACACCAAUGUGAAUCGAAUCGUUAUGUAAUACAUGGCUGCUUGGGACAAUGUACACCUGGUUAUUUUGGCAAUUUUUGCGAGAAAAAUUGUUCAGAAAAGUGUUUGAAUGUAAUAUGUGAUAAAUCAAGUGGAAUUUGUAACGAGUGUGUAUCUGGCUAUACUGGUGGGUAUUGCAAUAAAACAUGUUCAAAAGAAUGUUUGAAUGGAAGAUGUAAUCAAUCAAGCGGACUUUGCAAUAACUGUACUCGAGGGUAUUUAGAAAGUUGUUCACAAGAAUGUGGCGUGGGAUGUCGAGAAAUAAACGGUUUCCCACAAUGUGACAGGCAAAGUGGCAAAUGCUUGAAUGGCUGUAAGUUUUAUCACUACGGAUUCUACUGCAACAAUACAUGUAAAAACUGCAAACAAAAUUCCUCAAAUAGUCCAUGUGAUAUCAACGGUGUAUGUCAGUUUGGAUGUGAGAACGAUUAUUGGGACAAGAAGUGCAACUCUAAAUGCAGUGCAAACUGUCAAGGUGACGAAAAUGGAAAAGGUUGCAAUUCAUACACAGGGGAGUGUAUAAACGGCUGUACUCGUGGAUGGAGUGGUAAAUUCUGUGGGGAAUCGACCGAUAAAGAAAACAUCAGCUCCUUAAAGACAACCUCUAUCGUUAUACCAGUUAUUGCCACUGUGGUUGUCGUUGUUGUCGGAAUUAUCUGCUACGUAUGGGCUCGAAAAAGGUGUAUCCGUCAGCAGAAUGAACGCAUGGAACCUGGACAGGUAUUACCAGUUGACGUUCCACCAAUUCAACAACCUACCGGUCCGUGGGGACCGCAAAGUUCUUCCCUAUAUGCCGAGAUCAACGAAGAUACCAUGGAACAAUAUCAUUACAUCUGUGAGCAAAACUCACCUGAUCAAUAUGAUGAAAUCAACGUCACAGAAUAUGACCGUGAUAUCGGAGUGCCUUCAAAAGAAUUCACGGACGACAGUAAUUCCCCACAGAGCAUCACGAAUGUCAAGAAUGAACUUGAAAUUAGUGGUGAAUCAAUAUCGAGGCGGAGCAUCACACAUUCUUAUAGUGAUCUGGAUCAUGCCUGUAAGACGGACAAUAUAAACGAACUUAAUCCUCGACAUAGCAUCGCAGAAUCUAAUAACAGUAUUGAACUACCAGCUGCUAGAGAUAGCGAGAAGGGGGAAGAAAUAUUUGGUGAUUUAGGACAAUAUCAAGUGGAUUAUAUUCAUGCUAUUGCAAGGGAAAUUUGUGAUAAUGAAUUAGAUCAACAAACUAUAGAGUCUUCCCUAUAA